AUGACGAAGGCACAACAAACAAUCUCCCUGGCCCUCCUGGUCUCCUCCCUCUACCUGUCUCUCUACCUCGAACUCGUCCCUCUCCCGGCACUAAUCCAAUCCGAAAUCAUCCCCGUCCUCCCCUUCUGGGCCCUCGUCUCCUUCGGCUCCUACCUCCUCUUCAAGCUCGGCCUCGGCGUCUUCACCUUCAACGAUGUCCCCGCCGCGCACGCAGAGCUGAUGCUCGAGAUCGAUGAGGCGCGCGCGGAUCUGAGGAAGAAGGGGGUGGAUGUGGAUUAG